CUUGCACCCCCGGCCCGCUCCCGCCUCGCCAUGGCCGGCAUUCUCUUCGAGGAUAUUUUCGACGUGAAAGACAUCGACCCCGAGGGCAAGAAAUUCGACCGGGUUUCCCGGCUGCAUUGUGAGAGCGAGUCCUUCAAAAUGGACUUGAUCCUCGAUGUGAACGUACAGAUCUACCCUGUUGAUCUUGGUGACAAAUUCCGCCUAGUGAUUGCCAGCACCUUGUACGAAGACGGGACCUUGGAUGAUGGGGAAUAUAACCCGACGGACGAUAGACCAUCCAGGGCUGACCAGUUUGAGUAUGUGAUGUAUGGCAAGGUGUACAGGAUUGAAGGGGAUGAGACGUCCACAGAGGCCGCCACGCGCCUCUCCGCCUACGUGUCCUACGGCGGCCUGCUCAUGAGACUCCAGGGAGACGCCAACAACCUGCACGGCUUUGAAGUGGAUUCCAGAGUCUACCUGCUCAUGAAGAAACUGGCCUUCUGACCUGCUGUGGGGGGACGCUGGAGGGCUGGAAGCUGCAGUGGCAUCUUGGACUCGGGGGGGGGGGAGUGGAGCUGCCAACCCCCCCACCCCAAAUAUACAGAGACAGAUUUGCCAAUGGCGGAUUACAGGCAUCUCUGACAAGUUCCCCACCUCUUCCCUCUGCCCCCCAUUUGGGGGCCUUUGGAUCAUAUCAGCAUACUGAACAUUUGUCCAGAGCAUCUCCUGCUAGCAUUGAAGGGACCGGAUUUCGUUCUCUUAAUAUUUGUAGGAUUACAGUGAACCAUCGUUUGUUAUUGCAUAAGGAACUCAGUUGCAUCUGUUAUUACACAGGGGACUAUGAAUCUUUUGAUAUUACAGAGGGAUCUAUGGACAUUUGUCUAGAGCGUCUCCUACUAAGAGUGAAGGAAGGGACGAGAUUUCAUUCUCCCAAGUAUUUGUAUGGUUAUAAGCCACACUUUGUUAUUACAUAGUCGCAUUUGAUAUUACAUGGGAAGAUACGAACAUUUGUCCAAAACAUCUGCUCACACUAAAGGGACUAGACUUCGCAUUUCAAGGAUUUAUAUGGUCACAGUAUUACAUGGGGGCUCUGUUCCAUGAGAAUCAAGGUUGCUAUUUCAGAUGUAGGGUGACCAUAUGGAAAGGAGGACAGGGCUCCAGUACCUUUAACAGUUGUAUUGAAAAGGGAAUUUCAGAAGGUGUCCUUCAUAUGCAUGUAUGCACCUGGUGGAAUUCCCUCUUCAUCACAACAGUUAAAGCUGCAGGAGCCCUGCUCUCUUUUGUAUCUGGUCACUAGCAUAGCUCCUGCAGCUUUAACUGUUGUGAUGACCUGCAUACAAAUGACACCUGCUGAAAUUCCCUCUUCAUCACAACAGUUAAAGCUGCAGGACCUCUGCCCUCUUUUGUGUGUGGUCACUCUAGUGUAGCUCCUGCAGCUUUAACUGUGGUGAUGAAGAGGGAAUUUCACCAGGUGCUGCAUGCAUACAAAUGAGACCUGCUGAAAUUCCCUUCUCUACGCAACUGUUAAAGAUACAGGAGCCCUGUCCUCCGUUGCAUACGGUCACCCUAUUCAGAUAAGCAGGGUGUGCUCACUUUGCUGUGCUUCGCUCAUAGCAUAGGCAAGGAGCCUCUGCCCUUACAGAUUUUGCCAAAGUACAGAUUCUGACCAUCGUUCCUGACCGUUGGCCAUGGUCAGCUGGGAAUGAUGGGUAUAUCAGCAAUAUCUGAAGGGGCAGUAGUUUCCCUGCUCCCUGGCCCGAGGCAAAUGCUCCAUUUGAAUUUGCUUUGAUGCCUUAAUUAAAGCGUAGCAGUUUCAUAUUUGGCUGAGCCGGGCAUCAUUUCUUGCAUCUACACUAGAAAGUUGGUGGCUCAAGGAUUUGGCCGCUCAAGAUUCGGCAGUUAGGAAUCCAAAUUCCUCGGAUCGAGUUGCCUGCUUUAUCAACAGAAAUGGACUAGGUUUGCACAUUCUUCGCAAAGACACAAUGUUUUCUUCAGGAUUUGGGUCCUCUGUCUUGAUCCACCACAACUCCCUGCUCCUUACCCAGUCCCAUCGCAAACGUGGAAGGGGACUUGGCACUCCAGCGUAGAAGAACCAUAAGCAGAAACUUCCUGGGCCAAGAGUGUGAGACAAGGACCUUGUUCACGCAUAACCGCAACCCAUGGUUUGUUUAAUUUGUGGGUUGUUGCCUUG